AUGGAGUUGCUCAUAUCUCUCUUGUCAUGGCAAUCGAUUGCAGUCCCGGCGGUUGCCUACUGCCUCACUCUUGCAUUCUACCGCCUUUACUUGGAUCCUCUUGCCAAAUUUCCCGGCCCAAAGCUCGCCGCAAUCACUCGCUACUACGAGGCGUAUUACGACGUGGUCAAAAAGGGACAGUAUACCUUUCGCAUCGCCGAGAUGCACAGGCAAUAUGGGCCCAUCGUCCGGAGCAGUCCUUACGAGCUUCACAUCAACGACCCAGCCUAUUUUGAAAAGCUCUACCGCCACGAGGGGCGCUGGAACAAGUACGACUGGUCGGUCGAUGCCCAGAAUGCCCUUGGUGCCAUCAUCUUUACACCGGACCACCACGAGCACAAGGCCCGUCGGGCACCGCUUAAUGCCUAUUUUUCCAAAUCAAGGGUUGUCCGCCAUCAGGAUAUGAUCAUCCGUAAGCUAGAAAAGCUCUGCGGGCGGAUUGGCGAGUUUGCAAAAGCUGGAAGAGUGAUCGAUCUCGGCGCUGCUAUAAGUGCUUUCCAGAGGGAUGCUUCGACAGAGUAUGUUCUUGGGAAGGACUAUAACAGUCUUGACCAACCGGACUUCAGUGUCGGUAUGACAAGAAUCAUGCAUGGUGGCGGAAGGAUGUGGCACUUGACCAAGCACAUCCGCUGGUACGGGCCUGCUAUGCUUUCUAUUCCGAAGGAGUUUCUCAUCAAGAGCGCUGAUCCGGAUACGUCAAACUUUAUGCGCUAUGCGCGAGACAGCGAAGAGGACACCGCGCAGCUACUCAAAGCGGCCGCUUCUUACAACCCGGAUGAUGACACCCCCCGAACCAUCGUUCACGAGAUCUAUGACUCCAAUCUUCCCCCCAAGGACAAGACGAUCAAGCGUGUCUUUGCCGACGUCGUCUCAGUGACGGGAGCCGGCUUCGAAACAACAGCCAGCCUCCUCCGGCUGGUUAUCUACAACGUCUUUAGCAACACCGACAUUCUAACUCGCCUGCGAGCCGAGCUCACCGAGGCAGCUACUCGGUCCUCGUCUCCGGAUGGAUCUAUCCCCCUGCAGACACUUGAACAGCUACCGUAUCUAACGGCCGUUUUGAUGGAGGGUAUGCGCUUAAGUCCUGCUAUUGCCUCCCGCUCUCAGCGUACCGCUCCCGACAGAGAUUUGAUCUAUGACAAGUAUCGCAUCCCGGCUGGAACACCUGUGGGCAUGACGGUUCUGUUGAUGCACACGGACGAAAGGCUGUACCCGGAUCCGCAUCGGUUUCAGCCGGAGAGGUGGGUAGAUCCGGAGGCGAGGAAGAAGGCUGAGAAGACGUACGCGCCGUUCUCGAGAGGUACGAGGAUCUGUCUUGGGAUGCAUCUUGCCUGGGCAGAAAUGUAUCUGCUUAUGGCUGCGAUCGUGCAAAAGUUUGACUUUGACUUUGAUGGUCUCACACCAAAGGACCAUUUCAAGGUCGUGAGCGACCAGUUCAUCGUCAGCACCAAGGGGAAGGCUGUUUUGGAGACAAGGGUGUCGCUUCGUCAGCGUUGAGACCGGUCUGAAUUGUAUCUCUGGAAAGUGGGAAGAAAAUUCAUGACGACGGUUGGCACGGUCAUAGGAAAAAAGCAUCAGGGGUUUCAGGGGUGGAGACCCACUUUUUCCCCCUAUCUCUCCCCUAACUGAGUACAAAUCAAAUCAACCCAAGCGAAUUCUCACUGUGACUUGAGACAAUCCCACUGUGCUCUCAAUACACGUGUCUCCCCCACAAGCUGUCCAACCAAGUCGGACAUUCGCC